AUGACUGGUAAAGUUGCUGCCGCCGUCGCCGACAACGAGAAGGAAUCUGAGCAAUGUGAUGAAACUAUGGAAGAGAGUGACACCGCAGCCAAUGCGCAAGAAUCUGAGGACGUGUUUUCAAGUCAUGGAGGAGAUCCUCGAUCCCUUGAUCUGAAUAGAUGUCUGCUUCUUUCGAACUUGCCCUCCGUGUUUCUAAGUGAUCCCUUCGAUGAGUUCAGCAAUACCAUGCUCGACUGGAUAUCUCAGGAUUUCAAGGUUUCGCGAGACGCAAUGGAAAAGAUCGUUCGCAUAGCGAAGCUUCAGACAGAUGCUGAGAACCAGGAUCUGGCUCUUCGUGCCAUUAUUUCCUUCAAAUCUCGUGUGCAUAAGCACCGUGUAUUUGCGCAGAAGAACUUGGCUGCUGAAUCGUCCAUUAAGUUGGACGUGAUAGACAGCAUACCGCGUGAAUUUGUUGAAGUGGAAGAUGAUUUGGAAAUGGCUGAUGAAGUUGAUGGGGAUGAAGAAGUUGCUGAGGAGCAUGACGAGAGUAACGAACAAGACGAGCACGAACCAACGGUCAAGGUGAAGACCGAAGGUGAAGCGGUUACAGCCGGCACUGAAGAACCAGCUGCUGAAGGUAGCAAGGAUGAACAGAAUGGAGCUGAAAACGGUAGUGAACCUCCGAAACCGAAGAAAAAAGAGUAUGUCGACGAGGACUUAGAAGCUCCUUUUGAAGUAUGCUGGGAAGGUGCUCCCGAGUUCCAGUGGAAAUUGUGUCCUACCCCUGCGGACACUCGUCGCCUAAUCUUGGAGAACGUUUUCUGGGCCGACUUACAUAACGUGUUCAUCUAUCGUGUAAUGCUGAAAGCGGAAACUGUUGAUAUCAGUUUUCCCAUGCGUUUCAACAUAGAAGGGUCGAAGCAGAUGUAUGGGAAGGUGACGAUGACGUUCCAAUGGAGUAUGCAAAUUAUGCAUGAGGCUAUGCGCCAUCUCAUCUAUGUGCGUUGUCCUCUGGGUCGCCGUAUUAAGAUAUUUCUUCCUCAAACUACGAGUGCAAUGAAGCUGAAGGAAGAGUUCGAAGGUAAACUUGGGCGUACUAUCGAACCCACGCGAAGGAUGCACCAAUUGGUGGUAAAAGUUCUCCCAGAGAACUACGAGCUUACCUUGGAAGCCGCCAAGGAAAUGUUUGCGCCUCUCGAACCAGUCGAGGUUGAGAACGUGAAGGAUGACGCUGAUCAACCUUGUGCAAUUGUUACAAUGGCGAGCGCUGAAGAUACUAUCAAAGCGCAUUCAUCGACCUAUUUUGUGACGGUGAAAAGAGAGGAAGAGAAAGAUGUGAAAUGUCAUGUAUUUCUUCGUGGUGUCGAAGCACAUUUUGGAUCGUUGCUAACCCGUUGGGACAAGAAGAAGUCAGACCCUGGAAAGAAAUCUUCGAAACGCCCUGCUUCGGACAAAGCUACUUCAAGUGCAGUCAAGAAGCCACGUGGCGCUUCCAUUCGCAGUGUUGGCCCUCGAGGUUCCUCACGUGGAACUCCACGUGGUGGACGCCCACCUUACUCUGGAAGAGGCGGCAGAGGACGAGGACGUGGGGAUUCGUUCGGCUAUGGAUAUGGUGAUGUAUCGCCUUUUGGAUCACGAUUUGAAGCAGAAGCAAGAAUGCGCGCGCAACAGGAAAUCGAGUUACAGCAAAGAAUGAUCCGAGAACAGGAAAUGUUAGAGUUGGUGUUCCGAUGGCUGCAAAACUACGUGAGCAAGAACGUUAUGGAUACGGUGGAAGAUCGUCGCACGGCGGCUCAUCGUCCGCUUUUCCUUAUGGGAGAAGCAGUUAUGGCGGCUACGAUCGCCAUCGUUAUUGAGAGAAUGGCGAUGUGGAGUGCCGAUAUCAUUGAGGGCAAGCGUAUGCGAGGUCAUGACCCGAUGCUGUUAGUCGAGCUGUGA